GCCUCCUCUGGUACCAACGUCGUCCAAGUUCUCCUAGCUCACGCACCGUUCGAGUUGUCGGUCUCACUCAUCAACUGCUUGAUUUUGCUUGCUGUAAGUGGCCACUGUUGAGAAUCAAUCUGACUCAAUGCCGUUGAACUUGGACUUGAACAGUGAUGAAAUUGGCGCAGAUGAUGGUGAGUUUCUCUUGGACCUGAAUAAACUGCCUAGUGACUUUCAGGGAGUGGACGAAGUUUAUUUGGGAGAAAUUUUGGACAAUGAAUAUGAUGUUGAACAACAAAUAGAAGAGGAACACAUUUAUGCAUCUGAAACUAAUGGUGACCAACGUAAGUUUUUGAGUAAUGAAGACCGUAAAGCCAUCUCCCAUCUCCUAUUACAGCAUAGUAAAGGUGGGAGACUAAUUAAAGGGGCUAGGAAAAAGAUUGCGUCAAUGUAUUCUGUAUCCAAUAGUGUCAUUAAACGCAUUUGGUGAAAGACAAAGGUUGGGGAUGAAGUGUGUCAUAAUAGAACACAAAAUUGUGGUCACAAGAAGGUUGAACUUGACCUUGAUCAGUUUCUUCGAGUUCCUUUGGCUAGGAGGACUACCUUGCGAGAUUUAUCAUUUGCCUUGAAUAUAAACAAGACCUCACUAAUUAGGCUUAAAAAGGAGGGAG